AUGUCUACGGCCUUAAACCAUCAAUCCUCCCCUUCUUUCUGCAUCGAAGCAAUACCUAGGAAAGAGAAAAAAUGGCUGUCGCUUCUUUCUCUUCGAUUUGGCACAGUACUAUGUACCAUGGUAGCUAUAAUCUGCUUUGCCUGGGCCAUGGUACAACAUCAUGAAGGAGUUGUUUACUCCGACGGGCUAGGAGAAGCAUGGUCUAGCCUCAACCUGGGCACAGCCUCAUACGGAUUCGUCUGGUCGACUAUCUUUCUCAUCGUCGUCUUCUGCAACUGCGUUGUCCACCCUGGUGUAAUCGUGGCGUUUGACUGCAUUGCUUUCUGUGCUCAGAUUAGUACAGUCUGUUUUGAGUUGCACGAGCUUGCCUUUUACAACCCUGGUGGUUAUUACCCCAGUCACCCUGAUACUGUCCCAUUAUACGGGGCUGAGUGUUUGGGGUGUUCUAUGAUACUUAUUGGAAUCCUAUUCAACCUCAUCCUUUGUGUGCGUGCCUGUAUUGCCUGCCAUAGGCUGCGGAAGGCUGCAAAGCAGCCAGACGCCAAACAGGCUUUCGACGCGUGA